AAGGCGCAGGCAGGGUAUUGCUCAACUUAAGAAGUGCACCGUCCCCCUCUCUGGUGUAGUUGGUGUUUAUCCUGCGCUCUUUCCUCUGCUAGACGCCUGCCAUGAAGAUCCAAGAGGCUCUUAGUGGGGCAGAGACCUGCAACGAUGUCCCACGCCUGGACAUGUCUACUCUGACAGAGGACAGUGACUGGGCAGAUUCUUGUUUCUUUAGCGUCCCUUUCCUUGACUUUAAAAGCCUUUUCCAGCAGAGCUACAAUGAGGAACCAGUGCCGGCCUACUCAUCUUGGCAAAGGGAGAGUAUGGACCGCAAUGAAGCUCAGGUAUCGCCCCACGCCGGUGGCAAGCUGAUUCGUCAACUUCUAGAGGAAGACAGUGACCCAAUGGUCUCUCCACGCUUCUAUGCCUAUGGAGACAGCCAGCAGUACCUGGAUGACACAGAGGUUCCACCAUCGCCACCCAAUGCCCACUCCUUUGUAAGUAGGCGAAGGAGUUCAUCGUUAGGUUCCUGCGAUGAUGACCGUGAGGAGCUCACCUCAGCCCAGCUUUCAAAACGUAUCCACGCCCUCAAGAAGAAGAUCCACAGGUUUGAGGAGAAGUUUGAGGAGGAACGCAAAUACAGGCCAUCACAUGGCGACAAAGCCGCCAACCCAGAGGUUCUGAGAUGGAUGAAUGAACUCGCUAAGAUGCGUAAAGACUUGAAAGAUCACAAGUUGUUAAAAUCAGAGGAGGAUUUGACGCCCAUCCCCCGCCAACGCAGUAACACGCUUCCCAUGAGCUUUGGGUCGCAGUUGGAGAAGAAACCACCCGAGACCAAAGCCCCCAAACCCCCUGUGGAAAGCACGCUGGAAGCAGUCAUGAACAAACUACAGGAGAAACGCAAGGAGGCGGGGCGACCAGAGGACAUUAAAGAUAUGACCCGUGAGCAGAUCGGAGCAGAGAAGGUGGCCCUUCAGAAAGCUCUUCUGUAUUACGAGAGCAUCCAUGGCAGACCAGUCACCAAGAAUGAGAGGCAGGUUAUGAAGCCUAUGUAUGACAGAUACCGGCUCGUCAAACAGAUCCUGUGUAGAGCGUCCACCAUUCCAGUCAUUGGUUCGCCUUCCAGCAAGCGCAGAGGCCCCCUGCUGCAGCCCAUAAUCGAGGGUGUACCAGCCCUGUUCUUCAGCGACACCAAGGAGGAAGAGGACGGCUCAGAUGAUGACAACGACACAAACACUCAGUUCAAGGUCACGGUUAAGCCUGAGCUGAGUAUACUGGGACUACUUGACCAGCUGGAUGAGGAAACGGAUGGUUUCAUCUCACCCAUCGAUGAACUAUCACCAUCCAAGAACACAACAGACAUGAGACUGUCCAAUUUACAUGCUGCUCCCAUGCAGGAACUUGUGGAGCAACUCCAAGAAACCCGUGAAGAAAAGAAAAGGAUCCGCAAAAACCUCAGUGAAUUUGAGGAUCAGUUCUUCAAGCAGAACGGCAGAACUGUACAAAAGGAAGAUCGCUCGCCUUUGGCUGGGGAAUAUAAUGAAUACAAGCACAUUAAAGCCAAACUGAGGCUGCUGGAAGUGCUCGUCAGUAAAAGAGACUCCUCUAAAUUCAUCUAGUGUGCAGCCCAUCCAGUGACCUGCUAAAGGACUUACUCUACUAGCCAAACAAGUACCAGACACUGCUAUCAAAAGCAAAACAGCUUGUACAAAGACAUUUAUUUUAUCCACAUUGUUUGUGGCCAUGCAGCCCCAUUAAAUGCACGUUUGGCUGUCAAGGAUGAGGACUGAAGAUUUCUAGAGACAGUGGAUUUGAAAAUGCAACCAGAUUAUGAAAACAAUCAGAUUACCGCCGAAACCCUAAUCGCAAUUGCCUAUUAAACCAAGAAGAAUGUUUCCGUUAUUUUUCAUGUUGUAUUAUACGACCGUUCGUAUGGAUCUUUAGAUAAUUUUUUUAUCUUAAUAUUGCUAUAAUAUACUGUAGAUACAACUGUUUUUCAUAAUCAGGCAUAAGCUUUGAAGAACAUUGAGACUGUAUGUCUUAUAUUGUAAAUAAUUUGAGAGUUUAUCAUUAUAGGAACUUUUUGUAUUUGAUGAAUUAAAGAAGGUUACAGAUUUUCGGAAGGAAGGCUCUGUAUAUUUUUUCUUUAUUUGCUGGUGCCAUAUUUCAUGUAAAUUGUUUAUUUUCAGUAUUCAUGUUUCUGAGAAAUUGCAUUGUUUGUGCUUGUUCAUAGUUAAACUAUCUUUGUUGUUCUAACACUGAAGCUGUAACCUUAAGACCAUUGAGUAAGCUAGAAUUAACUUACUAAGGGGCCUGUGAUAUACUAACGUAAAAAAACAAACAAACAAACAACAGAAAAUAAAAAAAUCCCUUGCCAUGCUAUAAUGGUGUGGAAACGCACAAAGAAAGGUAAUAUAAACUUGCUGUCAUCAUCUCCAGUGUCAAAUGGUCAUUGCAUUAAAGUAACUGUUUAACAGUGAUAUGGGUCGACAAAAUCCACUUAAAAUGUUACCAAGAAAGUAAACCUAUGUUGUACUGGCAGGUUUGCUUCUGAUUUGCAGAUCCAAACCAAAUGAGCAUGUCAAACCUUUUCUUAUUCUCCAGAUUGGAAACGUGUAAAACCUUUGUUUUUUUCUGAACGUGAUAACGCUAAUGGAUAAAAUGAAUACUGUGUACAUUUUAGUGCAUGAUUGUAUAUGUAUUUUGUAUAUAUGAUAUAAAACCAAAACAUAUUUUUCU